CCGUAAGCAAAACCAGAUCAAUUAAAAAAGACCUAAGCACGACGAUGCUCUGUCAUUAGCUUUCUUGCUUCUCACACCAUUCCCUUCUCCGCGAGCUCCCGACUCUCCUCUGCUCCAAGCCGCAACAAUGGCGACCCCCGUGGUUCUAGACCCUACUCCUACUCCGAAGGUUGCCGUGGAGCUACCGGCAACUCGAACCGACACAUCGGUUCAAGACGUAUUUUACGACGGUGAGGACGAUCUGUACUCGCGUCUGAAAUCUCUGCAGAAACAGAUCGAGUUCAUUGAGAUCCAAGAGGAAUACGUCAAGGAUGAGCUCAAGAACCUGAGGCGCGAGCACCUCCGAGCCCAGGAGGAGGUCAAGCGGAUCCAAUCGGUGCCGCUCGUAAUUGGGCAGUUCAUGGAGAUGAUCGACCAGAGCAACGCCAUCGUCGGCUCUACCACUGGAUCUAAUUACUAUGUUCGGAUUCUCAGCACCAUUAAUCGGGAGCUUCUCAAAACCUCCGCUUCCGUUGCUCUUCAUCGCCACUCGAACGCUCUUGUGGAUGUGUUGCCUCCCGAGGCUGACUCUAGCAUCUCUCUGCUAAGCCAAUCAGAAAAGCCUGAUGUUACCUAUAAUGAUAUUGGAGGAUGUGACAUUCAAAAACAAGAAAUACGCGAAGCUGUGGAGUUGCCCUUGACUCACCAUGAUCUGUACAAGCAGAUUGGUAUAGAUCCACCUCGUGGUGUCUUGCUUUAUGGUCCACCAGGUACUGGUAAAACAAUGCUUGCCAAGGCCGUUGCUAAUCAUACAAGUGCAGCGUUCAUAAGGGUUGUUGGCUCAGAAUUUGUGCAGAAGUAUUUGGGUGAGGGUCCACGUAUGGUUCGUGAUGUUUUCCGCCUUGCCAAAGAGAAUGCCCCAGCUAUCAUUUUUAUUGAUGAGGUUGAUGCGAUUGCCACUGCUAGGUUUGAUGCUCAGACUGGAGCUGAUAGAGAAGUUCAGCGUAUCCUGAUGGAGUUAUUGAAUCAGAUGGAUGGUUUUGACCAGACAGUUAAUGUGAAAGUUAUAAUGGCGACUAACCGAGCAGAUACAUUGGACCCUGCCCUUUUGCGUCCUGGAAGGCUUGACCGCAAGAUUGAAUUUCCAUUGCCCGAUAGACGUCAAAAGAGGCUUGUUUUCCAGGUCUGUACUGCAAAAAUGAACUUGAGUGAUGAGGUAGACUUGGAAGACUACGUAUCUCGGCCAGAUAAGAUCAGUGCAGCUGAGAUCACUGCAAUCUGUCAAGAAGCAGGAAUGCAUGCAGUACGCAAGAACCGUUAUGUCAUUCUCCCCAAGGACUUCGAGAAGGGGUACAGGACAAAUGUCAAGAAGCCUGAUACCGACUUUGAUUUCUACAGGUAAAAAACGAUGGGGGUUAGGAAAAUGAUCGAUGAUGUUUCCCCGUGCCUUGAAGAAAACUUAGUUAACAGGGGCAUCCGGGCAUGUUAGCACGCACUUGUUUUUAUCUAAGUAUAGUGCACCUUUGACUCUGGCUGUGUGAGUGUGUGUUCAUAAGCAUCAUUACAUGGAUCUAAAUUUUCAUUUAGGAGUAUUUGUUUUCCAUAUUUUUUGUUUUUCCCUGUUUUUAUUUAACAUCGAAUGUGAUUUUAUGUAACGG